CUAAUCACCAUAAAUGUGUACCCUUCUUACCACGCUGAAUAACAACGGAUUCUCCGAAACCUAGUUGUUUUUCUUUGUCCUCGCGGUGCUCUUGGCCAUAUCUCACUGCAUUGAAAUUUCUCGGUAAGUAAAUGGUGCCCAAUUUUAUCAUUUCAAGAUUAGUUGCAUCAUCAUCAUUCACUGGCUACAAGGGUAGUCAUGUUCUAUUGGGUUCUCUGCUUUCAUGCAAACACACUGCUUCACUUGUUUUCUUCAAUUAUUUCACUUCAGACACUUCCUCUGAUUCUAAAUCAGAUGGAAAGCAACACAAAGGUUCCACCUUUACUGUGUCUGACCUCAUCAACUCAUGUGGGAUGUCCCAAACUCUGGCUAGGGAACUCUCCAACAGGGUCAAUUUGAAAACCUCAGAUGGCCCAAAUGCAGUCAUUGAUAUCCUCAGCAUCUAUGGGUUCUCAAAAUCCCAGCUUGCAAAGCUUGUGGUGAGACAUCCUUCCGUGCUAUUUACAAAUGUAGAAGAUACCCUUUUGCCUAAACUCGAAUUCUUUCGUUCUAUUGGGAUGUCCAACACUGAAAUACCUAAGAUCCUGAUUGCCAACCAUGGUAUCUUGAAGAGGCACUUGGAAAACUGCAUCAUCCCUCGCUAUGAGAUUCUAAAGAGUGUAGUUCAUGCUGAUCGGGAAGUUGUUAGAGCUAUUAAAAAUGCCCCACUUGGUUUUGUGUAUGGUGACUUAAUGAAUAGGUUGGUUCCAAACAUUGACAUUUUGAGGGAAUGUGGUGUGCCCCAGGCUUCCAUCACUCACCUGGUGACUAAUUCUCUGUCUGCAGCAUAUGUGGAGCAUUCCAGGUUUGUGGAAGCUAUCAAGACAGCUAAGGAAAUUGGAUUUAGUCCUUUAAAAAUGGACUUUGUUGUUGCUAUUCACGUGCUUGUAACUAUGAGGAAAGAAGUGUGGGAGUCAAGGUUUGAGGUUUAUGAAAGGUGGGGCUGGAACCGGGAAAUGGCUCUUCGAGCAUUUAGGAAGUUUCCCAGUUUUAUGAAGUUUUCAGGGGAUACAUUUUCCAGAAAGAUGAGUUUCCUUGUGAAGGAUAUGGGUUGCUCAUCAGAAGCUAUUGCUGAAUAUCCUCUAGUUGUAGCCUACAGUUUGGAGAAGAGGAUUAUUCCUAGAUUCUCUGUAAUAAAAAUCUUGAAAUCAAAAGGUCUUCUUGAGAAAAACGUGCACUUUAGUUCCAUUAUUUGCACAACUGAGGAAAAGUUCUUGGAGAAAUUUGUCGUCAAUUUUCAGAAUGUUUUGCCCCUCCUACCAGACCUCUACAGAGAUUUUGUGCCAUUUGAGUUCUAUUUUGAUACUGAUUGUAUAAAUAAGCUGAUAAAUCCCUUUACUGGUGAUUCCACUUUCAGUAGCUUGGUUUAUUUAUCUUCAUUUCCGUUGUAUGUUCUAUUUUAAUGUGACCAUACUAUAUAUAUAUAUAUAUAUAUAUAUAUAUAUAUAUAUGUAUGUAUGUAUGUAUGUAUUUCCAUCCACUAUAAACGAAGAUGAGAUUUUAUAGGCAUGAGGAUGUCUAUAUUUCUUUCUACCAUAAACUAUAUAGAAUGUGUUGGUGGAGGCCCCUGUUGUCUGUUAGAGCAUGCAGAAGGGAUCAAUAACUAAAGUUGAAUCAAAUUACAGUUAGUUGUGCUUUAAUUACCAUGUUGUAAAGAUGUCUUACAAUUUUGUAAUCUUACUCUACUUCUAUAUUUCACUAUAGUGCACACUGUUAUGUCAUGGAUACAUUUAGCAUUGAACUAUUUGCCAGCAUCUGAUUCUUUUCAUAUUUUACACAUUAUUUUAAGGCAGUAACCAGAAAGCAGGGUAAGGUUACCUUCACUAUUUGUAAUCAAAGUCUAUUUAAUGUUUCAAUGUUUCUUUGAUGAAGAUAUCUAAGCACAAUGUGCUGAAAGAUCAAGUAGUAUUGACUGUUAUUGGUGAAAAUUGGGAUUUCUUUUAUUUGUCUCGUGUUGAACCAGGCCAUUAAGUUGAUGGCAAGGGUGUUAGGAAUCCAGAAUUGAAAAGAGAAAGAAGAGUAAUCUUUUUUAUUGGAAAGACUGAAAAGAACACGAAAUAUAGGAGAGCACUCUCUCCUCCAAGGGUUUUCCCUUCACAAAGAGCCAAAGCUCAACCUAUAAAAUUAUCCCCCAAAAGUCCCCUGCAUUUCAGGAUCCCCCAACUAUAUAAAGGAAACCUCACAAAACCUCACUCACCCUAACAACCUAACUAACAACUACUUUCUAAUCUGUUUCUUUCUAAAAUCUGUUUCUUCAUCAAUGUGUUAUCAUAGGAAGGGAACCCACUAGCUACUGCCCUCCAAUUGAGGUCUGUGGAGCCUUGGGUGGUGGUAGAUAGGAGAGUGGUUUUUGUAUACUAGAUUCUGAACCCACUAAUUUGAAAUCCCAAAAUUCCAAAGUCAUUGAUGUUCCAAUCAUUAUCCCAUCUAAGUUCAACCAUGAAUUCUUAUUCAUAUUAUGUAAAUCUGAUUUUGGGAAAACUUGUUGCCUAGUUGUAUCUCCACCUCCAACUCUCUUUAUUGUUGCAUCCCCUUCCUCCUCCAUCAUAAUAUAUUUUUCUAUUACAAAUCUCACUUCUGUCUUGGUUCUUUCUUCACUACAGUGGGUGUGAUUCUUCAUGCUGACCCUUCUCCCACCUCUAGAGCAAUUUGCAUAUCUCUAAUCCAGUCUUGUGGUUCUUGUUGUGGCAACUGAUUUCGAACGUUAGAUUGCAGCCCUGCAAAGAAAUAUCCCCGUCAUUGGUCUUCUGGUGUUUUUCCCCACUCAAAACAACUGCAUCUUCUACUUUAUUCCGAGACAUAAUAGUCACAGUGUUCCCACCACAUUCUACUUUCUUUCCUUUGUCUUCACCCUUCUUCACUGUUUUGACAUACACACCACAACCUACCACAAUAUCCCCACUAAAAACAACUUUUGCAACUUUACUUGGAGAAGCAAGACUCACAACAUUCCCAUCACGAUCUUCACGUGAUGUAUUUUCCCUACCAACAUUUGUCACGUUAUCCACCCUUGCAGCAACAACUUCUGCAACUUUCUUAGCAACAACAAAAACAAUGUCUCCAUCACAGUUUUCAUCUUUGCCUUCCUCUUCACAUAUAUUUUCUUCUCUCCUAUCUUGCCCUCUAAUUCCUGCAAAACAAUCAACACUCAAAACAACAACUUCUGACACUCCACUACUCCCUGAUGUAAUGGUAACAACAUUCCCCCUCACGGUGUUGGUCAACUCCAUCCUCUACACUGAUAUCCGUUUCUCUUUUCUUCUCCUAACUGGUUGAAUUUUAUCCUCCAUCUGAGGGUUUCUUGGCUUUCUUCAUGUCUAGCUGACUAUCUUGCCCAUCAAUCCUACCCUUCUUUACUUCUUUCUUUCCUUUCUUGAUGUCAUGAAGAAAUUCCUCUUUUCCUCCCCUUCUUGCUCUAUCAAGAGAUUUCUCCCUUUCUUGAGUCCUUUUCUUGAUUUUGGUAUUCCAAUAUCUUUUCUUUCUAUUCUUGUAAACUUCUCCAUUCUGCCAUCACCAUUUUCUGUUUGCUUUGCUGGCCCACCUCCCUAAAGUAUUGACUCUUCCUUCCAUCACGUUCUCCUCUCAAAGGGAUCCGGCAGGUUGGACCAAUUUUGUUAGGAAUCCAUAAUUGAAAAGAGAAAGAAAAGUAGUCUUUUUUAUUGGAAAGACUGAAAAGAACACGAAAUAUAGGAGAGCACUCUCUCCUCCACGGGUUUCCCCUUUACAAAGAGCCAAAUCUCAAUCUACAAAAUUAUCUCCCAAAAGUCCCCUGCAUUUCAGGAUCCCCCAACUAUAUAAAGGAAACCUCACUGACCCUAAAAACCU